AUGUUUAAGGAUCCUACCAGCACAUCCGGGUCCCUGCAGACUCCUCCGUGGAUGACCACACUCUGCCCAAACUCUGACACAAAGACAUCAUCCUCUUGUUUAUCAUGUGGCUCGUCUUUCGCCAUCAAAAGCCUGCAGAGGAAGUCUUUACUGUCGUGUUGGAGAGACCUGGAGGGAAAAGAGGCUUUGGUGAUCUACGAGCUGGAGCAGGAGGAGAGAGUCCUGCAGGAGGUUUUGGAUAUGUUGGACCCUAGUGGAAAUGAACCAAAGCUGACACCUGCUUUCCUGCUGAGCCUUUGCAUCCAGCAUUCAGCCUCCACCUUCGAGCUGACUCACUUCAGACAGCUGCUGCUCCGGAUAGCUGGACAGAUCCAGCUCGUUAUGUGGGAGAAGACAAAGGAACUUGCAGCGAUCCAGCCACAAACGUGA